AUGACGAAAAGAAUUUGGUUCGAAAUAUUGAGAAAUGCCAGACGUACGUUUCGUCUCUCGCGAGACUCGUCAGUAGCCUGCCGAAUAAGGUUUAAGAUAACACAACUCAAUUAUUGUAACCAAGAAACUCAAAUUGAGGUGUUGCGACCAAUAGGUAAGAACAACAUCUCGUUGUUACAAGGUUUAAGAACCCAUUCAGUCGCAGGAGGUAAGAAAGACGGUGUACUUACGUUGAAACAGCUUCAAUGUUUUCAGUGUGAGUGCACGGCUAAUGUUGAUUCAAUGUCUGACGAGGUUUAUUCAGUUGUACGUUUAAACGGUAACAUUAAAUGGUUCUGUGAUAAAUGUGUAAAAAACGUUUGUGACAUGAAACUGUUAUCUAAAUCUAUUGAUGACAUAAAAGUUACGUUCAAUGAAAAGUUAGACAAACUCAACGAUGUUAAUGCUUCAAUUAAGACUAAAUUGGAAGAAACUGAUUUGGGGCUGUUGAAUAAAUCGAUUGAUGAAAUCAGUAAAUCUCUUGAUGAAAAAGUUAAUGCCAUCAGUGCCAACCACGUCGCUAUAAAAUCGCAGCUGGACUCGAUUGAGUGCACAUCGGGAAAAAAGUUAAAUCAAGAGAUAAGUGGCCUCAAGUCUGAAAUGAUGAGAUCUUUUGCUAGUGUGGUCAGCACUGAAGUGAAACAGAGUGCUAAGAUCAUCAAUGAAGAUCUUAAAAAUGUUCGAAAAACACUAAAUGAUGUUGCCGAUGCUAAAGAAAGAGAGGCUAAUGCGAUGCUGUUCAGGCUGGGAGAAGGCCUUGAUGACAAGGAUCGGGUCAUAAAAAUGAUUGCAAAAUUGACUGAUGACACUGUCAACGGAAAAAAUAUACUAAAAGUUUUUAGAUUGGGUAAGAGAGGUGAAGGAGUUGUCAGGCCAAUCCUAACAGAAACCGAACUUAAAGGCAUCACAAUGAAUUCUCCUUCAAAAACAACUCCCUUAAGCACGCUGAUCAUAAACAGUGUUGAUGAUGAAGCCAUCAUCUCAUCCUUGCCACCAUUUUCAAAAUCAUCAUCGCCAUCGUUCCAAGAGCACCAUCAAACAAUGAAGCUGGAUCAUCACUAUCAACACUACAAAGAUGAGGAUAUCGGUGCAUUUGAAAGCAAGAACGAAGCCGACAGUAUGAAUGGAUAUUACUACGAUGAUGACGGUGUGGACGACGCUGGCAGAAGCAGCAACUCCUUUCAUAAUUACAGCAAAAAUAAAUUCACGAACGUCACCCAUUCGAAUAGAAUUUCAACCUUAACGCAACGACAAGUCGCACAAACAUUUUCACCACCGCGCCCACAAUCAUUAACCGUUCAUUCGACUUCUCCUCCCAACCACUACGACAGCCAUCCUAGCCUUGUUGGAGUCAUGGAAUCGCUGGAGUCUCUAGAACAAGAGAUUCAAAGACUUUACGUUGAGAAAAAUGGAAAAGAAGAAAGUGGCAGUCAUUACAUUGUUGAAGACGUCGAUUCCAUAUCACUCAACAAAACUGGCAACAAUUAUUUCAGCGCUGAACACGUUCACAGAAAUCUCAAUAACAAAAUUAAUUCUAACUACACACAAUCUAAAUAUAAUUCUUUAGUUGGCACGCCUGCAUCUCAUAUCGGUCGCAAUGUAACUUACGUGGCUGGGAGAGCCAGCAGAUUAAGUUGCAUCGCCAGUGGCUUUUAUCCACCUGUGACUCUCAGCGUUCUCGUUGCUCAGAUAAACAUCAGCAACAACAUGAUGUUUCAUCAGAGGAUGUGGCUUGGUGAAGGUGUAAAAGGUUUCAGACCGAUCCAUUUUGAGAGUAUUAGAUGGAUGGACACUUUCAAACCCACAGCAGACAACGAUGGAAGUGAGGUAGCGUGCGUGGCCACACUAUCAACGAGCAGUGCGUCGACUUCUAACAACUACACUUUUCUUCAUCUUCUUGUCAACUAUGCACCGAUAGUCAGUUGCAGUGCCCUCCAUGCCCAGCUGAACCAAGCGGAAGCAGUGCUCACCUGUUCAAUCAGAGCGCAGCCAGGUGUCGUGUCCAUACUCUGGCACUAUCCGAACAACCAACAGGGCAACGCAACACGUCACCAGCAACACCAUCAACAACAGAAGUAUCUUGGUGCCGAUGAAAACAGCAUGCAAAACAGAGUGGUUAGCAUUUGUCUUUACUCGUGCUUGUCUAUCAUGUUCUAG